AUACCAAACUGGCUCAAGAUAUCGUUGACUUAAUUGAUCCAAAAAUAAUUUUUUAUGUUACUGCAACACCAAAAGAAGAAGAUGAACUUCGGGCUCGUCGUCUCCAAAGUUAUUACGAAGUUCCCAGAGAAGAAGUAGUUCAACAAGGUCUGAUCAAAGAAGCUAUUAUCACUCAGACCGAAGAAGACUUUCAAAACCUAAGUGGAAAAGAUUUGGAUGAAAAAUUGCUUGAACUUGGCAGAAAAAAACGAGAAGAAUUAAAAGCCGAAUUCAAAAAUCUAGGAAAAAAAAUAAACCCACUAAUGCUCAUUCAGUUGCCAAAUGAUGAAAAAUCACUGGUAGAGAGGGGCGAAAGAAAAAAAGAAGAAAUCGUAACUGAACAUCUUUUAAGAACUGGAGUUCCUGAACAUAAAAUUGCUAAAUGA